GACCUCUGUGGGAGUGGCUGUAACUGUAUUAAAGCCCCUUCCAUGCCAUCCCGCACAGGGCCUGGCAAGCCGGCAGGAAGAGUCCGGGACAUCAGCAGGGGAACCGAGAACCUGCCGACAUGGGGAAGCCUGUACUUCACUACUUCAAUGGCCGGGGCCGGAUGGAGUCCAUCCGCUGGCUGCUGGCUGCGGCUGGUGUAGAGUUUGAAGAGAAGUUCAUAGAAUCUCCAGAAGACUUGGACAAGUUAAAGAACGAUGGGAGCUUGAUGUUCCAGCAGGUGCCCAUGGUGGAGAUAGACGGCAUGAAGCUGGUGCAGUCUAGAGCCAUUCUCAACUACAUCGCCACCAAAUACAACCUCUACGGGAAAGACGCGAAGGAGAGAGUCCUGAUUGAUAUGUACACAGAAGGUGUGGCAGAUUUGGGUGAAAUGCUCAUGACUCUGCCACUCACUCCUUCAGACCAAAGAGAAGCCAAGAUCGCCCUGAUCAAAGACAGGACAAAAAACCGCUACUUGGUCGCCUUUGAAAAAGUGUUGAAGAGCCACGGGCAAGACUACCUGGUCGGCAACAGGCUGAGCAGGGCUGACAUCCACAUGGUGGAACUUCUCUACUACAUUGAGGAGCUGGACGCCAGCCUUCUGGCCGGCUUCCCUCUGCUGCAGGCCUUGAAGACCAGGAUCAGCAACCUCCCCAACGUGAAGAAGUUCCUGCAGCCCGGCAGCCAGAGAAAGCCUCCCCUUGAUGAGAAGGCUAUAGAAGAAGCAAGGAAGAUUUUCAGAUUUUAACAGAGCUGAAGUUUGCCAUGCUACAUUGUUCCAUGUAUAUGUUGACUCACACUACUCUGGGAUUAAACAAAAAAAGUCUUACAAAUCCUGUGCA